AUGCAAAUAUAUUAUGAUACAGAGGAAUCUAAAUCCUGUAAAGGUUUAUCUCACGAAACACUUGAAUUCUUUAAAAGGAACUUAAAAAUCAAUCCUGUGACCACGUCAGAAAUACUGAGUUAUAUACAGGAACAAGAAUGCGAAGAUAAAACAAACGUGGAAAACAUUCAAAGAUUAUAUUUAGAGGCUUUGAAAUAUGAAUUAACCAUUUACAAUAAUACAGACAGGUUGAUUACAUUGCUGUCUUUAGUGAGAUGGGAUUAUAAAUUUUUGCCGGAAUUCGUAAACGAAAUACUAAGACCGCUGUCAGAAGAACCAUUAAGACAGUAUAGAAAACAAAUUUUACUUAGUCUCAUACCGCAAGGCCGACCAGAAAUGCUCAACAUCAUUUCAGAUUUCAUGCAUAAAAAUGAGCCCCAGAAAGAAUUUAAAUUAACACCUGAAUAUAUGCUUGAAUUGUGCUAUCAAGAGAAAACGCAUUGGUUGUUAAAAGCGGCGCAAAUAUAUAAGCAACAGUUACAUGACAUGAAAAAUGUUACAUUCAAAAUAAACAAUUUCACGAAACAAAUUCUAAUAAUGGUGCUGAUUGAUCUCACUAAUUGCCCAGAGACGUACGAUUUACCUUCCUUAGUGCACCAGUUAACAAAUAUAUUCUCCAUUCUUGAAGCAUACACGACAUCGGACAAUCAAUUGCAAUUCUAUAUAACUGAAAUCAAAAGAGAAUUAACUGUUAUUAAGUUUUGUUUGGAAAACAAUUGUAAAAUCAUGACAACUUCGAUUUUAAGUCAAGUACUAACACAAAGCGCUCUGACUGUGAUAUCACAAGUGUGUAGAUUGUCUAAAAUUGACAGAUAUAAAGUUUCAAGACUCUUAAAUACAAACAAUGACUUCAUAACAGAGUUGAUGACAUUAAGUGAUAAAAGUUUUUGUAAAACACAAAAGCAGCUCACUACUAAUUGGGACACAUCGACGUACAAUAGCUAUUGCGCCAUCACAAAAGUAAUAGACACAAUACUUAGUUCCUCUAAAGGGAUAGACAACACCCAAGACAUGAAUAGUUCUUUAGAUGACAUUAAACGUUUAGUUUUGUCAAUACAACCUUUGCAAAAUUGCAUUGAAGUAAUAGAAACGAUCUUUUCCUGUUUAUUUCUGCGCUUCGAAUAUUUCUCCUGCUAUGAACACAACCAAGAUUAUCCGUGUGGAACUCAUUCUGAAUGCUCAUAUUUUUAUUCGAAAAAGCAAAGUAAGCAAUCGAAGCCGUUUAGUAGUACAAGUACAGGGUUUAUGUGCAACUCUUUUACGACGCAAAUAAUUUUGAACACAUUGAAAAUCUGCCUGGAAACUUUGGCGGCAAGAAAAGAAAAUAAGAUCAACGUUGAUCCAAAUAUAGCGGCGAGAUUUAAGAAGAUGAUGCAAGUCGUCAAUCAUUCUAUUUGGAAGUUACAAUUGGUGUGUACACUCUCGCCAGACAUAAGUCCGUUGCAGUUAAAACUAUGUCUGGACUACGUGGAGGUCGACGAAAGUAGCGACGACGAAGAACGUGAAAUUGAAGUAAAGACAACAAGAAAGAAGCCUAAAGUGAAGAGGAGGCACACUAAUCCCAAGCCAGAAUUGGAUCAAGUCAUGCUUGCGUCAACCAUUUCAGCCGUGGAGACUGUUGAUGUUGCUAAAGAAAAUAGUAUUGACUUCAUCUCUGUAAUGCUGGCGAAGCCGAAUUGCUUGGUCGCUUUGGCUCUUUAUCACAACGACUUUCCAAAAGCAAACCAAAUUUUAGAGAUGUUCGAUUUAGCUGACUCCGAAAUAGCAACAGAAGUUCAAUUCACCGAGCAAUUGCGGCAUCUGGUAGCAAAAAUAAAAAAUAUUAUUUGCUACCGGGAUAACAUACGCUAUCCAUCCAAGGAGUUAUCAGCUCUGUCCGUCGUAUCAACGGAGGUCAUGGGUCUCGUAGAAGGAUUUCUUGCGUCCAACAGAGCGCCAAAUUCUUUUGAUAUAAUAGAAUUAGCUGCGCGCCAUCCACACCUACAACUGUACAGUCAUCAAAACGCGCCUUUUAUCAAUGCGGUUGAUAUUUUGUUGAGCAGUGGUUUAAACAGAGAAAUCACCUACGGCCUCAUUAAUGUGGUAGAAAGAAAGCUCGCAGAAGUACGAUGUAGUACUGACGUGGCUGCGGUAAAGAAAACUAACUACAUACGCUUCGUGGAGGACAUCGCUAGCGUCACAUUCGAAAUAUUUGGCAAUACCGAAAAAUCAUUCGAUUUUGUGGACAACAUAUGCGGUCUCAUAACCGAUUGUCGAAUACCCAUAAAGCAUAAAGAAUUUUGUAAACUAAACCAACUCUCAAAGGAAUUGAGGCAGUCCUGUCAAGAUCUCGAAGAUAUUAUUAAUCCGAAUCGAUCGUCGGCAUGUGAUGAAAAUUUACUGCAGAAAUAUCAUCAGAUCUAUAUGAACGUAGUAGCUGCAUCUGACAAGGAUAUUUGUAACAUUUCUGAAGUAUCACAUAAUGGGAAUAAGAAAACCAGGGUGCAUUAUUUAAGAAUGUGUUACAUGUAUGCGAAGUCUGUAUCGCAGUUGGAGCAGGAAGAUAAUCGUUCAAAUGAGUCUGUUGCAGACGCGCCCUAUUUUUUCAUAUUAGAAAGACAUCUUCAUGAUAUAUUCGGGAACAUGAUCAACAACAAAAAUAUUCCUGUAACAUAUUUGGAACCCAUUUGUAAAAAGUUGAAUGUUAAUUUAAUACCUAAGCUUAUAUUGAACUUUUGUCCCUCGAUUACGUUAGUUGGACCUCAUAAAGAGGCUAAUGAAGAGAAUUUCAACAACCUGUUACAGGUUGUGUAUGAUUUUAAAAAUCCUGAAGAGAACUUAUUUCUGGAAAUUGUUACUAAUUUUGCACCACUGCCUAGGUCACCUGAUCCACAAUGUCUAACAUACAUCGUUUUACAUAAUUGGGUUCUAGCCCAUAUUAUUAAAAAAAUUCAUACAACUCUUAGUGACAGCAACGUGCAACAAAAUAUGGAUGCACGUACAAAGUGUUUGAACAAAUAUAUGGACCUCGAAAGAUUUGAAUGCACUAAAGUUUUAUUUAACGGUAAUAAAUAUUUGGCGUCACUUCAUACGACUGUUGAUUUGGAUAAACUCUUUUUAUACAUGCCAAGAUUGUUGGAGUCUGGGAAGAUACUGCAAUGUUUGAAGAUUAUAGACUCAUUAUCAGAAAGACAACUGAUGUGCAGUGCAAAUCUAAUGAAUUUGAGAGACUUGAUACUAUUCAAACUUGCCACCAACCCAAAGAUAAGCAAUAACUGGAAAUAUUGCCAGCAUUUAAAAUGUCCCGAACUAAAAGUAGAUCUGAUUCUAAACAACUUGUCUUGUUGGCCCGCGGUUGGAGCUAUAGAGGUAUUAGACUAUCUAAGAUUCAUUUUAGAUCCUAUUGCUUUUGAAGAAGGAUUGUACGAGAAAUGCACUGAUUGGAUAUUUAAAAUACCUCUUUAUGAGCAGAUAGCAACAAUUAUGGGUGUUGGCCAUUGGUACAAAGUCUACGAAAAAUCAAUGGAAAAUCCGGAAAUAAUAAUUGAUGUUCUUAUGGAUAGUCAACAGUUCAAACUGUGCUUAGAAUGGGCAGACGCUCACAAUGUGUCCGAACAUAUGAAGAAUUUGAUUGUUGUGAACCUACUUCGUCAGCUGUUUGAAUAUACGAACCAAGCAACCCCUGACGUUGUCCGAGAACUUCUAAUGAGACUCUCUGCCACUCAGGCAAUGGAUCUUAUUCAAGAAGAAAUGUCCAAAGUUCGAAAUGUAGAAAUACUUAAAGUGUGCAUUGACUUCAUUUCUGAACAUUCCUUUGAUUGGAAAUCAUUUGAAAACAUUAAAAUCGGCUUACAGAUAAUGCUUGAAAUAAAUGUAAACAUGAGGCAUCUCUUUUGGGAACUAAUAGAGAAACCCUUAUUGAUGAUCGAACAAUUUUUAAUGAAUGGAAGACUAGAAAUUUUGACCGACAUUAUAAACAAAAUUGCUCCGAGUCUUAAGAAAGAUCCAAGUGGGGAUAACCUUUAUUACAACAUUAAAUCGAUCGAAACAUUGGUGAUAUCAAGAAACGCUGUAGAUGCUUUGUUAAGAUACUAUGCUGAAAAAGCUUUAGAUAUGAAAAAUCCAAGGAACGUAUGUCCUUCACCACCUAAACCUUGGGACGAUUCUCUUUUGCAGUCGAUUGAUUCGAUUAAUUUAGAAGCAGCGUCUAAACCCUUCAUGAUGCCCGAGCAAGUUCCGACUAAGGAACAGUGGGUGGAAGAUUACACUACGGACAGAUGCAUGAUGUGCAAAAUAUCGAUAUUCUCCAUGAUUAUUCGUCGUCAUCACUGCCGACGUUGUGGCAGACUGGUAUGCCAUGCUUGCUCUAGACAUCGAAUGCACGUUCCAACAUAUCCCAGCGGUGUAAAAUUUCGCGUAUGCGACGAUUGCUAUACACAAACAAUGACUAGGAGAUCAAACUCAGAGCAAGACAAUUUGAUAAUGAGCAGCAACUCAGAUUCGGGCGGUAGUGGCAUCACGUGUAUGGAUUGGUGUCUCUCCACAAAUUCGAAAAAGAACGAAGCCGUUCGAACGGAAUUUAGCUAUGAAUUCACACCAAACGUCACAUUGUGCCUUACGAUUAUGAAGAUGCAUUCGACAAAUUUGGAUUAUCCGAGGUUUUUGCUGGAUCGAAGCGAUGAAGUUGCACGCGAGUUAACAAAAGGUGGAGACGCACGCCUGCUAGUGCGCGCGCGUCGGUCCUUACUACUUGCUGCUGCGGAGCUGUAUUCGCGAACACUGCAAGAGAAAUCUGGCGGGGCGCGCGUGUGGGAGGCGGGCGCGGCGCACGCGGCGCGCUGUUUGGCGCACGCGGACGCCAUCGCCACGCUCGUCAAGCACCAAGCGCACCACCUCAUGCCGCACCACCACGCCCACCCUAGUCAAAUAGUGCGUUCGUUGUUAGAAGCUGAAAAAUGGGAAUUGGCCUUGGAAAUAGCGACAAAGUCGGGUAUUCCUAGAAACAGCGUCUUAGCGGCAUGGGGAAAGGCAUGCCUUAAAGCAGGCUGCUUCAAAGAAGCUCGCAAGAAAUUCGCGCAUUGCUUCAAAAGUACCCUGAACGUAUCCAUUGAUGAGGAAUUCGAGUACGGCAAGGAGGCAUCGGAAAGCCAGCUUGUGAAUAAGCGAGUACAUAGUAUGAAGCUCUCUGAAAGGUCGGGAUCAAUGACAAGCGUACAGUCUGAUGGAAGGAGCCGACUAAAUCCGCCGUUACUAAACGAAAUCAUAAGCAUGCUUGAAGAUAUGAACUAUCCCGUCAAUCAGCAACUGCUUCACAAGGCCGAAACUAUUAAGAACACUAACGAAAAGUUAGCUAUUAUGAAUGCCAGCAAAAAGAAGAUACCUGUAACGGAACCUGCUCUGAACAUUAUGCAUAUUCUCGCCAGCGUAAAGAAGAUUAAACAAGGAGAUUACAGUGAUUUCUGCACUGCAACUGUCCAACCAAAGAAGACACUGGCUCAGGGCCUCCUCAGACGGAAUAACAACCACAGCGAGCCCAAAGUAGACCAUCAACACAAAAGACUGGACCCAUUCUUUUACAAAGAAUGUGUGUACUAUCUGAGUAACUAUGGCUCUCAUGUAGCCAAUAUAAUGUUUUAUAUGAAACACAGCGACAUGGCCGAAGUUAUAAGAUAUUGUUACGAUAACUUGGUCGAUAAAGAGACGUUCACGGAGACCGUUUACAUGGAAUGCCUCAAAAAAGAUAAAGUCAACGAACUUCUGAAAGCUAUGAGUGAUAUGGACAGUACUUUGGAGAUGUGGGCGGAGUACAUAAUGCACAUCUGCCGCACACUGGAGAUGAGCAAGCGGCUGGAGGCACUGUAUGCGCUGCAGUGCGGCACGGGGCAGCAGGCGCGCGCGGCGGCCACGUGCGCGCUGCUGUACGCGCGCCGCACGCCGCCCGGCGCGCCGCCGCACCAAGCGCUGCAGGCGCGCCACCACCACCUCGUCGCCGCGCUGCACCACCUCGGACAGUGCGUGCCUACCGCCACCAAGCUAAACGAUCCAAAAUCACUUCAGUUCAACCUGGACAAGGCAACAAUAGACAACUUAAUUACAACAGUAACCAGACAGAUCGAACUUGCAAAGUACUUAGCUGCGUGCGAAGCGAGCAACAGAUUAAAUGAGAAAGUUCUCCAUGAAGUCAUUCCAUUUCAAAGCAAUCGUAAAGAUGACGAGAGCAAUGACUUUAGACCACUGACACUAUUCGGAUCUAAUACGGACAAAAUAAGGCUUGUGGCUGCUGUGCUCGCUACAGGAGAAACCAUAGAAGGAGGAUUCGAUUUGGCGUUUAAAAUUAUUACAGAACACAAGCUCGACUCAAUGAACAUAUACACGCAUGUCGCUAGAUAUUUAGUGAACACAGACCGAUUCAUGGAGGUCAAGAUAUUAGCUAAAUGCAUACGGACUUCUAAGGAAACUGCUGCUAAUUUAAUGAGCGAUCAAGUCUUGGAAUCUGGCGUGGGCGCAGUAGUUGCUCGCGUCAGCAUUAAGAUAUCGUGCUAUUUAGUGUGCCGUAAUGUAAGUAGUGCGUAUAUACUAGCCGCAAGACACGAACGAACUAACGACUUACGCCGAGUGCUGCAUGAAGCAGAGCGACUCGGCAACGACCAAGUCAGAAAUGCUUGCCUCAAACGACUUACUUCUAAGAAUGUUCUUUCAUAG